AUGGGUAGAAGAAAGAUUGAAAUUCAACCAUUAACCGAUGAUAGAAAUAGGACAGUUACAUUUGUUAAACGUAAAGCUGGGUUAUUCAAGAAGGCUCAUGAGUUAUCGGUAUUGUGUCAAGUAGAUUUGGCAAUAAUAAUCGUUGGAAAUAACAAUAAAUUAUACGAAUUUUCAUCAGUGGAUACUAAUGAAUUAAUAAAAGCUUACCAAACCACCAAACCCCAUGAAUCCAAAUCUCCUGCUAAUUAUGGGAACUAUAAGAAGAAAAAGAAUUUAAUCAGUCAAAUAACAAACGAUGACUUAUCCGAACAAGAAAUCGAUGAUAGUGAUUAUGACUCCGAUACUCCUGAACCAAAGAGACAAAAAAGAAAUUUUGAUACAAUGAAAGAAGAGAACCCUAAUAGAAUGUCAACCAGAACAAGACCAUUACCUCCAAAUCACAUUUCAUUAACCAAUGUUCCAACUUUCAAUUCUUUCCGUAAUAAUGGUGUUAUCAAAGAAGAAGAACCGGAAGAAGAAGCUACGCACUUCAGACAAGAUUCCAUAGCUACAAAUCAUUCAGGGAGACCAGUAUUACGAGUUCAAAUCCCAACCGAUUCUAAGAGUGGUAAUGACAGUGCCAGGACUUUAACUGCUUUAGAUACCAACCCAAAUCCUAAUUUGAAUAGACCUGGAUUGACUGAUUUGAAGAAUGGGAAAUCUCCUACCAUCAACACUCCAAAAUUUUCGAGUUUUUCAACUUUUAGAUCUCCGGAUACCAGAAAACCCAUCACCACUUUACCAUUACCUAUUCAACUGAAAUCACAAACCAGUUCACCUUCAUCAACCACUGCACCUUCUCUACCAAGAGAUGGAAUGACAAGUUUCUUCAAUCCUUUGCCACAACCUUCACCUACUCAAUACCAACAAAACGUUCCAACCCCCAUAUUGAACCAAGUCCUUUCUGACAAGUUUAAGAACGCACAAAAUCAAUCAUCAUCAUCAACUAACCAAUCUCAUCAAAAUUCUUUACCAGGUCAACCAAUUCCAGGUCAACCUCCAAGCAUGCAACAGAUUAUAUCUAAUAAUUUACCUGGUGAAACCCCAGUACUGGGUCUACCUUCCAAAUAUGUGGAUAUGUUUCCUUCACCUCUAGGGUUCUACCCGCAAGAAUGGUCAAACAAUAUAACACCUUAUUCCAACGUAAACCAAUACUUUUUCAGAUCCCAGUCUCAAUCUCAAAAUCAACCACCUCCAGGUCUGAACCAGGUAAAUUAUCAGUUCCCAUCACCAACUCAGUUCAUGAAUCAAUUUGAAGAAAAGAACAAUAAAUAG